UGCAUUCGCAAUCGCAGCAGUCGGAUUAUUUACUGGGUUUGAAAGGGAGUAGAAGUUUUGACCCGACCCAAAUCCUCUCUUCAGCGCUUACCGUUGGAUUGAUUAAUGCCGCGUGUCGGAAGUUUAAAGCUUCUCCGCCGGUCUCCGCCAUUUUUCUUCCGUGUAACAAUCCAUGUGUCCGCUUGGGCUUCUUUUUUUCGGUAGAAGGGCUUCUCAAAGGUUAGACGUGAAGAGUUGGGUGGCUGGUGGCUGGUGGCUGGUGGCUGGUGGAAGGUGGAAGGUGGAAACCUUGAACUGAACUACAUAUUACAUGGGAACAACUUGCUGACCGAGGCACCGCUGCUCUUCGUCAUCCUCACCGGAUUAUCUCUCAACCUCGUUUUCUUUCUCAUACUGUUGGGAGAAAUGGGCCGUACACCUGACAAUUUAUCCCUCAAAAGAAGACGACCUGACCCAAAUUCUACCUCUCCAAGUCUAAAUGAUUCGGAACGUGUUCUCUAUGACCUGAUCAAAAGCAAGCAAGACAUGGGAAUCUGGAUAGGUGACAUGAAACGAGAAACAAAACUUCAAGACGCGCUUGUCAAAAAGUCCCUUAAGUCCCUUCAAGGAAAGAAGCUGAUAAAGGAGGUUGUGAGCAUCCAAAAUAAAGGGAAAAAACACUAUAUGGCAGUAGAGUUUGAACCCUCUAAGGAACUCACUGGUGGUGCAUGGUAUGUGGAAGGGAACCUAGACACUGAUUACAUAAAGCUUCUUAAAGAGCUAUGCUUGAGGCAUGUCUCCAAGAUGAAGGUCGUCACAACUGAAGGGAUAACAGAGUCAAUUCGUAGAUCUGGUGUCAUUAAAGUUGAGUGCACCACUCAGCAAAUAGCUGAAAUCUUGCGGGUUUUGGUUCUGGACAAUGAAAUCAUGGAGUUGAGGAGCACUGCGAUGGGUGAAUUUGCCUCUAUACCAGUGGGAACAGUUUGCUACAAGUGCUCAGCUAAAGGAGCCCCAGCGGGAGGGGUUUCAAAAACAGGUGCCAUGGCUUCAAUCCCAUGUGGAGUCUGUCCACGGAUAACUGAGUGCACACCAGAUGGUCUUAUCUCUCCAAGGACUUGUGUAUACUUCACUAAAUGGUUGGAUUUUUAGGUCUCCAAAUUUCCGGUAACAGCGACCAAAUUUUUUUAUAUGCAACAACUAAAUUAUUAUUUUUUUAUAUUAAAUGGUUGAAUCUGUUUGGAUAAAUAAUGAUAUUUUCUCUUCCCCUUGAAUUUAUAUAUAUUAUAUGGUUCUAGCGUUUUGCAUGCUCA